UGUAAGGAGUCGUAUGGUGGGAAUCUAUUCUGGCUAAGAACAAUGUUGAGUGUGGCCUGCGCAGUCUCUGCGCAAAUAUGAACCCACGAAAGAGCAGGCUGUCAAUCACUUCCGGGGUCAACAAAUCUUCCACAGGAAGGUUAUCUAACUAACUUGUACAAUGAUGAAGAUCAUAUGAAACAUUCUCAUCACAUUGGUUUCCUCUAUAAAGUUAAGGUGAAGUGACAUCCUAUCGCAAUGAGCGUCCCAUGUCUACUGUCCACGGCUGCUCGAAGCUUCACAUUGCCGGGGGUAUCCGGUGUGCUGCUAAGCCGGUUCCGUGUAUUGUGCCCUUGUUCGAUCACAAGGCAUUUUUGUUGUCUUUUCAGGAAAAUGUCAUCCAGAAGACAAAUGGACCAUCUAGAGAGGACAGCCAGCAACUACAGACAAGAUGGUGUAUAUCCGGCACAGGUAUGUGGCAUCAUGGACGAGUCUGAGACAGUGAAACGCCUUCGGCUAGCUGUCCAUCCAGACUUCACUUUCAGAGCUGGCCAGUGGGUGGACUUCUUCAUCCCUGGUAUGGAGAAGGUAGGAGGAUUCUCUGUGUGUUCCAGUCCAGGUCUGCUGCAGAAAGAGGGUGUCAUCGAGCUGGCUGUCAAAUACACACAACAUCCCCCUGCACACUGGAUACACACCAAGUGCACCAUGGACUCCCAUGUAGCGAUGCGUGUGGGUGGUAACUUUUUCUUUGACCCCCUGCCCUCUGACCCCUCUGUCGACCUGUUGUUGGUGGCUGGGGGCGUGGGCAUUAACCCGCUAUACUCCAUCCUGCUCCAUGCCGCUGACCUGCUACGACAGAACCCCGCUAACGCAGGGAGGGGCUACCACAUAGGCUCCACCCACCUCUGCUACAGUGCCAAGAACACACAGGAGCUGCUCUUCAAGAAAAGCAUCAUAAACGUGUGUAAGGAAUUCCCAGAGAAAUUCUCCUGUGACUUCCACGUCACCGCACAGACCGCAGACAUCAACCAGGAACUCCAACCGUACAUGAACCGUGGGAGGCUGUCAGAGGGGGGGUUGCGUCGCCACGUCGACCCUAACACCACUCUGUGUUACCUGUGUGGCCCUCCACCCAUGAUAGAGAGCGUGGUCCAGACCCUACUCAGCCUAGGCCUAUCCCAGGAAAGGAUACUGUUUGAGAAGUGGUGGUAGUGGGUACUAGAGACAGACCUCUUCAUCAUCUCACCCCGGCCUAACUAUCCCUGCUCUCUCCUCCAGUGCCCAGGAGAUCAGACCAAGCACCUGCCCCCGUUACCAUGGCAACAUGUCAAGGACUAUUGGACCAUAUUUGUUGGGAGCUGCACACAUCAUUUUACAUACGUCUAUACUAGGGCUGUGAAGGCCAGCCAGUGAUUGUCAUGUAUAACUGCCCGUCUCACGGUAGUUGACUGUUAAUUAACAUAAACACAUUUAGCAUCUCCUGGCUUUCACUCAUAGCCUACAAGCCACUGAUGCAGACCGUUGGAACAUCUACACUACCGUUCUAAAGUUUGGGGUCACUUAGAAAGUUCCUUGUUUUUGAAAGAAAAGCAACAUUUUUUUUUUUUGUCCGUUAAAAUAACAUCAAAUUGAUCAGAAAUGCAGUGUAGACAUCAA